GUCUCAAACAACGUGGACUGCGAUAUUCACAGGGCAAAAUUAUUUCGAUGGGAGAAACAGAGGAUUUGCGAGAAGCGAAGCGUAAAGCCUUGUGUAGACAGAAUUCUUCGAGACAAAUAUUUCACCUUCAUUUUUCAUUUCCUCUGUGAAGGAGAAAGCACCUCUUGCUCUCUUCUCGUUAAGUCGAUAACAGCUCCUCUGUUCAAGAAAGGCCCAACGGAGGAGACUGCCAGAUACCGACCCAUCAGUGUGCAUGGUGGCAUUGAGUCAUUCAGAAGACUGCUAAACCCAAGGAGUCACGAAUAUCACCCUCCUCUCGCCAUCGUCUUCGUCGACUAUAAAAAGACUCUCGACUCUAAGUGGGUUAAUGCUGUUCUCAACGCCCUGCCGAGGUCCCCUCUAUGUACACUUGUCUGCUCGAACGGAGUCUUUCGAACAAACCAUCGUCCGUUCAACUUUUCGAACAUACCCACUGAGAAAGGGGUACGGCAUGGGGACACGAUAUUCCCGAAGUUCACGGCAUUACUGUGUACGAUGUCACAUGUCAACCGGUAUGUCGAAAACUAUUCAACUGACGGAAUAAGGAGCAGCAACUAUUGUUCGGCCAAUGAUAUCAACUUGAUAUCCGAUAACACAGUCGAAAUGGAAGAUAUGGCAAAGGAGCUCCACAUGAUCGGUCAGAAGACUGGCUCAAAUAUCGUCCAAGGCGGGGAUGAUGGCCAAACAGUGGUGUGA